AGCGUCGUACGGCCGCCCCGCCCCACGCCGCGGCCAUGCUGCUGUGGCGGCGCCUGGCGGCCUUGCGGGUGGCCCCCGCCCCCCGGCGGCUCUCGGUGGCCGCACCGGCAGCGGCAGAGGGACAGGGGCGAAGCGGCGAUGGAGGCGGCACCCUGCGGCCGCUCUACAUGGACGUCCAGGCCACCACCCCGCUGGAUCCCAGAGUCCUGGACAGCAUGCUCCCGUACCUGACAGCCUACUACGGCAACCCCCACUCCAGGACCCACGCCUACGGCUGGGAGAGCGAGGCCGCCAUGGAGAAGGCAAGGCGGCAAGUUGCAGAUUUAAUAGGAGCUGAUUCAAGGGAAAUUAUAUUUACCAGUGGUGCAACAGAAUCAAAUAAUAUGGCAAUUAAGGGUGUUGCACGGUUCUAUAAAUCCAGAAAAAAGCAUAUCAUUACUACACAAACAGAGCACAAGUGCGUGUUGGAUUCUUGCCGUUCCUUGGAGGCAGAAGGUUUUCGGGUCACCUAUUUACCUGUUAAAAAAAAUGGGCUCAUAGAUUUGAAGGAGCUGGAGGCUGCCUUCCAGCCAGAUACAAGUUUGGUUUCUGUAAUGAGUGUGAACAAUGAAAUAGGAGUAAAGCAGCCAAUUCAUGACAUUGGUGAGAUUUGCCGCGCACGUAAGGUUUUCUUCCACACCGAUGCUGCACAAGCAAUCGGUAAAAUUCCUGUGGAUGUCAACGACAUGAAAAUUGAUCUAAUGAGCAUCAGUGGCCAUAAAAUUUAUGGUCCCAAAGGGGUUGGUGCUAUCUAUGUUCGCCGUCGCCCACGUGUCAGGCUAGAACCUCUGCAAAGCGGGGGAGGCCAGGAGAGAGGACUGCGGUCUGGGACUGUGCCCACUCCUUUAGCGGUGGGCCUGGGGGCAGCAUGUGAAGUGGCACAGCAAGAGAUGGAGUAUGACCAUAAGCGAAUCUCACAACUGGCAGAACAACUGGUUACAAAAAUAAUGAGUGAAGUUCCGGACGUGGUUAUGAAUGGAGAUAGAGAGCAUCGCUAUCCAGGAUGCAUCAAUUUAUCUUUUGCAUAUGUGGAAGGGGAAAGUCUUCUGAUGGCUCUGAAGGACGUGGCUCUGUCUUCAGGAAGUGCUUGCACAUCAGCUUCUCUGGAGCCUUCCUAUGUUUUGCGGGCGAUCGGAACAGACGAAGACUUGGCUCACUCAUCUAUCAGAUUUGGCAUUGGCCGUUUCACUACAGAAGAAGAAGUGGAUUAUACAGUGCAGAAGUGCAUACAGCAUGUUAAGAGGCUGAGAGAAAUGAGCCCCCUCUGGGAAAUGGUGCAGGAUGGAAUUGACCUCAAAAGCAUUAAAUGGACUCAGCACUGAGAAAACAUCACUAUUCAUGGACUAGAUGUGGAUUGAAAUGCAUUUUCUGUACAUUCCUGAACAAAUUAAUACAGCACUUAUGGGUUUUGACACUUGCAAUUUGACUGGAAAACUACCCUUUCUGAUCACAAAGUCUAAGAAGCCAAAAAUGAAACUAGUCUUUAUCCUGGAGAAGGGCAGGACGAUAUAACACCCAUUGCAUUUAUAUCGAUACACAGGAAUUUACGCUAAAACAUAGUUUAUUUGGAAAUGUAUUUUCUAAUAAGAAAAUUAAAUCAGAGUGUGACUCCUGGGCCAGCGGAAUCCCGGUGAGAGGUUGUUGCUCCUCAGUGUAAAACUUGCCGCGUGGCUGUUGUGUUUGCUGCACAGACCUAUUGCCAGGCCUCCGGCUCUUUCUGUUUGAGAUGGGCAUCCUGCAACGGCAGCUGCUUUUGUGCUGCUCAAAUGCAUUGUAUUGUGGGAAAUUCUCAGGAAAUUCUCAGAUAGGGAGAAGCUUGGCAUUUCUAGAGGAAAAGGAUGCCUCAGUGUCGCUACGUGCCUUCACAGUUAAGUUGUAUGUGCAGUUAAGAACAAUUUUUUUUUUUCUGAAACAGUAUUUUUGGCUCUUUUUUCCUUUGUUUUAUCUUUUUUUUUUUUUUUGGGGUGAUGCGGGUACAGACCAAUGUGCAUUAAUCCAAAACAUCCUUCUGCGUUACAGAGUUUUCGAUACAAUGACGAUGCACUUUGCUGUCCCCUCCAUUUUAUUUUCCCGUGGAAUUUUUUUCUAAGCGAGGAAAGAAAACUUGAAUGACCGGGGAGGGGGAUAGGCAGAAUAUGUCAGCUUCAGUUGCAGUACCACUUUAGUAGGAACGUGAGGGGUGGUGGGGAGAACAGAUAAAGUGCAAUAUCUUAAUGCACUCUGGAUUUUUUGUUGGUUUGUUUUUGUUUUGUUUUGUUUUGUUUUUUCUCCCCUUGUGGAGCUGUUACUCAAGAGUUUGCCUGUGGGCCAUUGGCUUCCAUCGCCUUAGGGAGUCUUGCCCAGUCGGGGCUGUGUGUUUUGUCUGGAGAUAUGAACGUGUGUGUCUGGAGUUUUCACUGGGUGACAGACUGUUCUUCUGUCUGACUAGAGACUUACAUGGGAAUCCCUUCCCUGCAAAUGCUGGGGAGAAGUGUCUCUUAAAAAGGGUUUGAUGAGACUAAUUUGUAUCAGUGUUUCUCCUUUUGUACCUUUGUCGAGCUUUCCAAUAGGAAACUUAACCCCUUUUUAGGAAGUGCCUUUGUAUCAGUUGCAAAAGCAGACAGCUCUCAAAUUACUUUGUUGAUUGAUGGAUGCUGUAUUAGCUGCUGAAUUUAAUAUACUCUAUAGACAGUAUAUCUUCAGUUCUGGGUGGAUUUACUUCGAGGGUGAACCGUGUAAUAUAAAAGCUGAAACCAAGUCUCACAAGGUGGGUUGUGUUGUAGAAGCUUGUUCUGGUUUUUUUUGAUCCCAAGAACGGAUGUGGUUGUUGGUAAUGCAAAGCUAAUCCUCAGUUGUUUUAUUUGAAAUUAUUAGCUUUAGCAGGUUUAAUAUCGUAGGGCUGACACCUUGUAUUUCAUCAAAACACUUUUAAAACCAUAUGCAUAAAUAAGUUUUAGAGGUGUUCUAUGUACUAUGUUUUAUCCUUGGGCCAUGUAUGUUUUCUGGAUUAAGCAUGUGACGACACUUUCCCAGCAUGUUUUAGAACUAUGUGUUUAUGAAAUUGUUCUUUGUGUUUCAUGGAUGUUAUAAAAGUAUAGAUAAGACUUAAACUUG